AUGAUCCGAGCGAGCAUCUCUUUGCUGGGUAAAGGCGCUGGACGGCGAUUUGGCGGGGGUCAGCCGCUCGCGCGCAUCUCCAGGCAGACAUUGUCGACCAUUGCAGAGCCCGCGCCAAAGAACAAUGCCAGAUGGCUCAUGGGUAGUGCUGCAGUGACAUUUGCAGUCGCCUGCACUUACACCAUCCUCCGUCCCGUCCAUCUCAAAGACGAAACCAGCCAUCUACCUGACCCUUCAGCCCCCACAGAUCAAGCCUCUGGAAGGGGCCUGAUACCGUACAGCGAAGUCAACAAGCACAACCAGCCGGAUGAUUGCUGGGUCGUCAUCGCUGGAAAGGUGUAUGAUCUGACAGAAUUUGCAGAAAACCAUCCAGGGGGUAUGGCGCCCAUCCACAGAGUGGCCGGUCGAGAUGCGACUGCCAUCUUUGCGCCCAUACAUCCGCCUGGUACUAUCGAGAAUGGUCUGCCUCCCGAGAACCUCGUGGGGACUGUAGAUCCAGCUACGCUGCCGAAAGUGGUGGAUAAGAAGAAGGAAGAUGGCGAGGAGAGGCGAGUAGACUUGGCCGAGAUUAUAGGUCUACCAGACUUUGACGCUGCGGCGAAAGCCAACCUUACGAGCAAAGCCUGGGCAUACAUGUCUUCUGGAGCCACAGACCAAUAUACACUGGAUCUGAACCGCAAAGCCUUCAACUCCAUCCUCUUCCGCCCCCGCAUCAUGGUCGACGUCGAAUAUGCCGACACCCGUACCGAAAUGCUCGGCCAAGAGACCUCUCUCCCCAUCUUCAUCUCUCCCGCCGGCAUGGCCAAGCUCGCCCAUCCUUCUGGCGAAUGCCUCCUCGCUUCCGCAGCUGGCAAGAGUAACAUCAUCCAGAUGAUCUCCACCAAUGCAUCUGCGCCUUUGUCCGAUAUCAUCUCGUCUGCCACGUCGCCGGAUCAGCCGUUCUUCAUGCAGCUUUACGUCGAUCGGAAUAGGGCCAAAGCGGAGGCACUGUUGGAAAAGAUCGAUGGCUUGGGGCUGAAGGCGAUCUUUGUGACUGUUGAUGCUGCUGCUCCAGGCAAGCGGGAAGCGGACGAGCGUAGUCGUGCCGAGGUCGAAGUCGCCUCUGGUAUUUCUGGUGGAAAGAUCGGACAAGACACCAAAGGUGGUGGGAUCGGUAGGAGCGUGGGUGGGUUUAUCGAUCCGAAGCUGAGCUGGAAGGAUCUCGAGUGGUUGAGGAGUCAUACAAAAGUGCCGAUUGGGCUGAAGGGGGUGCAGACGGUGGAGGAUGCGAUCAAGGCGGCGGAGAUGGGGGUGGAUGCGAUCUAUCUGUCCAAUCACGGCGGCCGGGCUCUCGACGGAUCACCUCCAGCCAUGUACACCCUCCUCGAAAUCAACAAGUCAUGUCCCGACCUCCUCAAAAAGUGUGAGAUCUAUGUCGACGGCGGCUGUCGGAGGGGCACAGAUGUCGUGAAAGCUUUGUGUUUGGGAGCCAAGGGUGUCGGGAUGGGCAGGCCGUUCUUGUACUCUUUAACGUAUGGCGAAGAGGGGGUGAUGCACGCCAUUGAGAUCAUGAGGGACGAAAUUGAGACGACCAUGAGGUUGUUGGGAGUUACCCGCCUGGAUCAGCUCGGUCCGCAUCUGCUCAACACCCGAGCACUGGAUCCCCUGGUCUUGGAGCAGCCCGUGUGGGGACCCAACGAGAAACCUCCGGCAUAA